CGUGGGUGCUGUCAUGCCACCCGAUACGCAUGCUCCGACAUCGCUCUCAAACACCACCACCACUUGACGUCGGGAAGGAAAGGGAGCAUAAUCAUUGCAAGCCUUUGGAUCACCAUGCCCGCCCCGACAGCAUGGCACGCUGGCGAGCUGGCCGCACAAGAGGCGCGUGGUUACGAGGAUUACAUGAUGGAAGGUCCAACGAGAUCGAUGAUCGAAGGUCUUCCAGAUCAGAUGCGUCCCUUUUUGUCGCAGCUGAGCUUUCUGCCCGUCACCACGUUGGACGAGGACGGCAGACCGUGGGGUUCCAUCCUUGCAGGCUCUGAAGGCCAGCUGGCAUUCCUGGAACCUUUGGAUGACAUUGAGCAAGAGUUGCAUCAAGGCUCUGUACGCGUCCGUGCAUCCAUGCCACCUGGCACUCCUGCUUUGCGGGCCAUUCGCAGAGCGACGGAGCGCAAAGCAAAAAGCUCGCAAGCGUUUGGCGAUCAAGAUGUCCUGUGCUCCGCAGUCGGUGUCAUGCUCGAGAACCGAAGGCGCAACAAAUUCGAAGGCCGCAUCGUGGAUGUGCAGGCCGACGAGCAUCACGCGAACGUGGAAUGGACGUGGCAGAUGAGCUCGACCUUGGGCAACUGUCCAAAGUACAUCAACAUUCGACGCAUCGUCCCUUCUAGCACGAGACAAGCCCCCGUGCUCGUUGAAGAGAAUCUACAACCGCCACUAGGCACACCAAUGCCCACGACCCUUUUAGAUUUGAUCGGCGAAGCGGAAAUGUGCUUCCUGCACACGAAGCAUUCAGGCUCCUUCGGUGGUUGGAAUCCCGAUCCAGACCGGUUGGGCUGCAACAUCCGCGGUGGACCUCGAGGUUUCCUGCGGUCUUACUUUGACGAGGAAAGAGGACGCACAGCGAUCGUCUUGCCAGACUGGAGCGGCAACAGGAUGAUGCAAUCGUACGGCAAUGUCACGCACGAUGGCCUUGCUAGCUUGUCCAUUCCGGUGUGGGGAAUGUGCUUGAAAUAUGGAAGCUGGCCCACCGAUGCACUGUACCUGACUGGGCAAGCAGAGGUGUUGGCUGGAGAAGAGGUGCGCAAGCUGAUUCGGGGCGUUGCGGGCGCUUUGCGGAUUUGGGUAACCGGCUGGGUGUACAUCAAGAAUGCCUUGCCGCUCGCCGUGGAUGCGAGGGAAGCGCAUCAGCGCCUGUCCCUUGAAGCUCCUUCACAAGCGCUGAAUCAUAAGGCGUUGUUGGACGCGUCGCUGCUUUGGUCGCCCUACAACCCACCGGUCCGACUGCUCGCCAGCGAGAAACCAUCACUGAUGGCAGACGAUGCGCCCCUCGCCACCCUCAUCAAAGUCCGAUUCGCUUCGGACGUUUUAGCUACCUUUACCUGGAGCGUCGACAGCAAGCAUGCGAGCACGUGGGCCGCAGGCCGUCACAUCGUCCUGGACGCGCACGCAGCGUUGGAUUCCAGAGUGACGCAGUAUCAGCACAUGUCGUUCAGCAAGGGCGGCGAAAAAGAUCUGAACGAUGAUGGCGUUCGAAGCUGGACCAUCACCGCUUGCAGGCCGGGUGCAGAGCAAGGCGCCACAGAGCUUGACGUCACGCUUCGAAGGGUGCCUAGAGGAGGUGUGACUCCAGGAUUGUUCCACCGCGGCAAGAUUCUGAACUCUGACAUUAGCGUGCAGUCUCCACCGCCGUUGCUGAAGCUGCCACUGAUGGGUAUAGAAGGCCAAGUCAUCCUACCUCUGGCUAGCCAGACCGCGUCGGAUCGCGCAUCACCCCUCGUGCUCACCUAUCUUGUCGCAGGCAUAGGCUUCACACCUCUUUUGGCCCACCUUUCACACCUAAGAUCACCUAUAGGGAAUCAGCCCGCAGAGGUGCUGGUCGUUUUGGCGACUCGUGCGACCGAGGCUGCACCGCUACUCGACUUGCUGUAUGGCACCUUGGCGCUUGCCGCCCCCAGUCACCCUCUCGUGGUCACCAUCCACCUCCUAUUGGCUUUCGCAGAGGACGAGGAGCGCAAUUUGGACCUGCCCGAACCUCCUACAGCCGAGAUGCUCUCUCUGGAUCUCCAUCUUUACGCCUCUGCGCGACUGACAGCCACCUCUCUGAAGCAUCCGGCUAUCCCCAUCGCAACGACCGACGAUUCGACGCGACACCGUCCCUUUUUGCUCCCGCGCGACGAUGUCAAGAAGGUCAAGCAGAGCGAUCUCAUCGUCGUCUGUGGCGCUCCUCGAUUCGACAGCGUGGCCAAGCUCGCUCUCACCAAGGCGGGAGUCGAAGCGGGCUCGAUCAAAUCUGAAAGCUUUGCAUUUUGAUCAUCGAUUUCGCUCCUC